AUGGACAAUCAGGACAAUGCACCAACAGUAGAGCCGUCCACAGAAUUCAGUCAAUUAGUAGAAGACGUCGGGCAAAGUGCAGAUGAAUGCAUUCUUAAACUGGAUGAAUCACAUAUGGAUUGUGUAGGAGAAAUGCUUGACCAUUGCAUCCAGCAAGUGUCUUGUUUGGAAAUGCAGAGAGAGGAGCUGAUACAAGAGUUCCUGUUCCUGCAAGAGCCCAUGAUGCGAGUAGUAGACCAUCUUAGGGAAAAGUUGGUGGAGAAGCGGAGACUGCUUAACCUGGCUCAGCUGGAUCACGUGGAUGUUCUGGAGGAAGUGCAGCAAGUGAAGAGGAAACUUUUCAACACUGCCAGAGACUGCAUCCACUGCCAGGUGACGCUAGCUGAACAAAAGUACCAGGUGGCUCAAGCCGCACUUACAGAGGAGGAGCUCAAAGCCCAAGUCCAAUGUCUGACAGAGGAGUUGUUGCAGCUCCAGGAGUCCCACCAAAACCGUCUCAACUCUUUGAGAGAUCAGGCCAAGAAGCCCUGCAGACCGAGAGCCAUGAGCGACGUAAGCCUAUGCCGCCAAGCCUCUGUCCGUCUCCAGCGCCGGCUCAGCGUUAGCAUUCAAGAACUGGAGCGCUGGUACGAGCCUCGACUCAUAGCACUGCUGAAGAGGAGGCAGUUUGGAGAGAAGGCCUUGAGAAUUAGCAGUGAGCAGGCAUUGAGCUUUAAGGCCAAAUUAGAGCCUCUAAAAUGGGAGGUCCAAAGACUCGAGGAGCAGAGGUCCUGUCUGGAGCAAAGGAUCAACCUGAUGCAGCAGGAGAGGGAGGAGAUGAUCACACAACACAAGGAAGCUGAGGAAGAACUAAAACAGGAGUUAGGAAACCUUGUGCUGGACAUUGAGAUUAAAAAAAGACACAAAAAAGAUUUGGAAGCACUCACAAAUGAUAUUUUAGAAGAAAUGGCAUAUCUCAGAGUCUGUAAUGAAGCUACUGCAAAUGAGCAGGCAGAGGGAUCAACUUCUUGUCAGCCGAUCUAA